CGGAUGCAGCGCCCAUAGGUCUCUGCAAGCAGGCGAAGGACCCCAGCAGAUCCUCCCAUCAUGGCUCAGAAGAUGAAAGACAUGGGCUCUGCCUUCAUCCAGCAGCAGCAGCUGCAUGCUGCCAUGGCGGACACCUAUCUGGAGCAUAUGUGUUUGCUGGACAUCGACUCUGAGCCCAACGUGUUCCGCACCACAGGCAUGGUCUGCACCAUUGGACCUGCCUCCCGUUGUGUGGACAAGCUGAAGGAGAUGAUCAAAGCCGGGAUGAACAUCGCUCGCCUCAACUUCUCUCACGGCUCUCAUGAGUACCAUGCUGAAACCAUCAAGUUCAUCCGCGAAGCUGCAGAGAGCUUCCAGCCUGGAACCGUGGAGUACAGGCCCGUUGCCAUCGCCAUGGACACCAAAGGCCCCUGCAUCAGGACUGGUCUCAUUAAGGGCAGUGACACUGAGGAGGUCAAGCUGGUCAAGGGCGAGAUGCUCAAGCUGACCAUGGACGACCAGUUCAAGGAGAAUUGCAACGAGAAGAACGUUUGGGUUGACUACAAGGACAUGCCCAAGGUCGUGGAGGUUGGCAAGCACGUCUACCUUGACAAUGGCUCCAUCCGCCUUAUGGUCAAGAGCGUUGGUAAUGACUUCCUGGAGUGUGAGAUUGAGAAUGGCGGUACACUGGGUAGCAAGAAGGGAGUAAACGUGCGCGGCGCAUCCUGGGACCUGCCUGCCGUGUCAGAGAAGGACACGAAGAACCUGCAGUUCGCUGUGGAGCACGGCGUCGACAUGGUGUUCGCCUCCUUCAUGCGCAAGGCUGCCGACGUGCACGCCGUCAGGAAGGCCAUGGGUGAGAAGGGCAAGGACAUCAAGGUCUUCAGCAAGAUCGAGAACCAUGAGGGCUGCCGCAAGUUUGACGAGAUUAUGGAGGCUAGCGAUGGCAUCAUGGUCGCCCGUGGUAACCUGGGCAUUGAGAUGCCUAUUGAGAAGGUGUUCCUGGCUCAGAAGAUGAUGAUUGGCCGCUGCAACAGAAUUGGCAAGCCCGUUAUUUGUGGCAUGCAGAUGCUGGAGAGCAUGAUCAAGAAGCCCCGCCCCACUCGUGCAGAGAGUGCCGACGUGGCCAACGCCGUGCUGGACGGAGCCGACUGCCUCAUGCUGUGUGGUGAGACCGCCAAGGGAGAGUACCCCGUCGAGUCCGUCCGCAUGCAGCACAAGAUUUGCCGUGAGGCCGAGGCAGCCAUGUUCCACAGACAGCUGUUCGAGGAGCUGCGUCGUACCUCCCACCUGACCCGUGACCCCAGCGAGUGUGUUGCCAUGGGCGCUGUCGAGGCCUCCUUCAAGUGCUGUGCUAGCGCAAUCAUCGUCCUCACCAAAUCUGGGAGGUCUGCUCACAUGCUGUCCAGGUACAGACCCCGCUCCCUCAUCAUGGCCGUGACGCGUAACGAGCAGACAGCUCGCCAGUGCCACAUGUACCGCGGCGUCAAGCCCGUCUUCUACAACAAGCCCGCUCACGACGUCUGGGCUGAGGACGUCGAUCAGCGUGUUAUCUUCGCCAUGGAGAUGGGCAAGCACCGCAAGUACUUCAAGUCUGGCGAUGUGGUGAUCGUGGUGACUGGCUGGCGUCCAGGUUCCGGUUACACCAACACCUUCCGCAUUGUUCUGGUGCCUUGAGUGCCACCUUUGGACUGAACCACUUCCCCUAACCCCCAAAACUCCCCUUAAGAAGGAACCCAUGAGACCCACUUUGUUAAACAGACAUGUGGAAUGUAAGGACCUCUAACUGGCAUUCCUCCCAGAAGACUCGUGGAGGAUGCCACUCACUCAGUAACUGUGUAACUCUCCUCCCCACACAAACAAACCCACGAACCAGUGUGUCAUCUGCAUCAUCCAAACACGAGCAACAGCGUUGGGCAUCAUCAGCGUGUAUGUGUGUAUGUGCUGUGCGUGUGUGUGUGUGAGUGUGUGUGUCUACAGUGUGCUGGGAAUCGUGAAGACCCUGCAGUUCUACAGAAGACCGGUGGGGGUCUUUCUUGACCCCCCCACUCCUCCGUUAACCAGCCUCUUGGCUGCGCACGUGGGCCGACUCGUAGACACUGAACACACGCUGUGGCGCCCAAUCAUCACUGGAUUUCCACCUAUUAAAGAGAUGACCACCUGCA